GUGGGAGUUUGCUGGGGGCUGCAAGUUGGGACAGGAACUUCGAGUGUUGGGAACAGCCUGGGCAAAAGCGCUGAGGCGCGACAGAGUGGCGGCUUGUGGGGAGUGGGUUGAUGACGUGGGAGCAAGGCUCUGGGAGGGGUCUAGCGUGGGCUGCACAGUGAUUUAGACACAACACUCUGAGGUCAGGACGGAUAUUCUUCCAGCUCUACAAACAUGGAAACUUGGGUUCUAAGAGGUUGUCACUAGCCCGGGGAUCCAAGAGGGUAGAGUGCGGCUGGGGCGUUUGAGAUUUUGCUCCACGCCUGGCAGGAGCCACGCCCCUCGCCUCACCAUUGGUGCGUUCCCUUGUGGGGGUGGGGCCUGUGUCUCGCCCCGCCCCGCCCGCCGUAUAAAGGCAGCGCCGGCGCCCGGCGCACAGGAAUUUCUGGCCUGGUCUGCAAGUGCGCCUGCGCACGUCGGGCCGGUUUGUCUUCUGAGGCUGUAGCCUCUGCACCUCGCGCCGCCGUGCCGCCGCGUCGCGGGUUCGAGGCCAGGGCGUGUGCGUCGCGGGUUCGCAUCCCGGACGCGAUGCUGUUCGACAAGGUGAAGGCGUUCGUGGUGCAGCUGGAUGGCGCGAGCGCGGGCGCCGAGCCGGUUUUCAGCGGCGGCCAGGCCGUCGCCGGCCGAGUGCUGCUGGAGCUGGCGGGCCCGGCGCGCGUGGGCGCCCUGAAGCUGCGCGCGCGCGGCCGCGCCCACGUGCACUGGACCGAGUCGCGCAGCGCCGGCUCGAGCACCGCUUACACGCAGAGCUACAGCGAGCGUGUGGAGGUCGUGAGCCACCGGGCCACGCUACUGGCGCCAGACACCGGAGAGACCACGACGCUGCCUCCGGGGCGCCACGAGUUCCCAUUCACCUUCCAGCUGCCGCCGACCCUGGUGACCUCAUUCGAGGGUAAACAUGGCAGUGUCCGAUACUGCAUCAAGGCUACCCUGCACCGGCCCUGGGUGCCUGCCCGCCGGGCAAGGAAGGUAUUUACUGUCAUUGAGCCUGUGGACAUCAACACGCCUGCCCUGCUGGCCCCUCAGGCGGGAGCCCUGGAGAAAGUCGCCCGAUCCUGGUACAGCAGUCGAGGCCUUGUCUCCCUCUCGGCCAAGAUCGACCGAAAGGGCUACACACCAGGCGAGGUGAUCCCUGUCUUCGCUGAGAUCGACAACGGCUCCACGCGCCCAGUGCUGCCCCGGGCAGCGGUGGUGCAGACGCAGACCUUCAUGGCCCGAGGUGCCCGCAAGCAGAAGCGAGCAGUCGUGGCCAGUCUCUCGGGCGAGCCGGUGGGCCCCGGGCGGCGGGCGCUGUGGCAGGGCCGGGCGCUGCGGAUCCCCCCCGUGGGUCCCUCCAUCCUGCACUGCCGGGUGCUCCACGUGGACUACUCCCUCAAGGUCUGCGUGGACAUCCCUGGCACAUCCAAGUUGCUCCUGGAGCUGCCGCUGGUCAUCGGCACCAUCCCCCUGCACCCCUUCGGCAGCCGCUCGUCCAGUGUGGGCAGCCGUGCCAGCCUCCUGCUGGACUGGGGGCUCGGGGCCCUGCCGGAGCGGCCCGAGGCUCCUCCUGAGUACUCGGAGGUGGUGGCAGACGGGGGGAUGGCAGCCACGGGGCAGAGCCCCUUUCCACCGCUGCAGGACGCCAACAGCAACCUUGAAGGCCCCUUCUUCGCCUACAUCCAGGAGUUCCGCUACCGCCCCCCACCCCUGUACUCCGAGGAGGAUCCAAACCCGCCCUCCGAGGCCAUGAGGCCACGCUGCAUGACCUGCUGAGAAGCAAGCGGCUGCUUCGAGGGAGGAAGGUGCACACAGGCCUCGGGCCUCCGCGGACACAGGGAUCGAGGGCAGACCGACCUGACUUGCGCAGCAGUUGGGGGAUCCAAGUCUCCCGAACAGGGCAGGGGUUUCCGGCGUGACCCAGGAACGGAGGAAGAGCCAGUCUGGAGCCUGACUGAUGAGGACUGGUCCUCCUGUGGCAUCAAAGGCCCCUUGUCGGAUCCUGUCUGUCUGUCUGCGCCGGCCUGUGGACACGGCUCAGGUCCCUCGGGAACCUCUGGUCUGAGAGAGACAUAGCCAGACAUCAGUGCUUCUGGUCUCGUGGGACCAGAGGGAGGGACCCAGGACCAGGAGAGUCCAGACAGGAGCAGAGAGGGCGUCCUGGAGCGAAGAGCGUUCUGGCUGAGCCGGUGGCCUGUGUCCAGUGGCCCGGCCGGCAGACAAGCAAGAGGAGGAAGAAGUCGGAGAAGGUCAGAGCUGAGUGAUGUUUGGAGAUCACCCCCUUCGUUAUAGAACCGGGCUCAGAAGACAAGCGCCUCCACGGAGGCCAGAUGGCAAAGGCCGCCCGAGAGAGGGCCCAGGAACGAGGCAUUCAGAGAGGCGGGUCAUCGGAAGUCUGUGGGGCUUCUGGGUGGCCGCCUUGGUUCUGUAUGUUUUGUAAAUUUCAUUAUUUUGAGAGAGAGCAGGAGCAGGGGAGGGGCAGAGAGAGAGGGAGAAGAGAGAAAGAGA